CUUGGCAAGAAAAAGUUGUUGCCUUCUGAAGACGGUUGGUGUCAUUGCUUCAUACGAGAUUGUGCUGGGAGGGAUUGAAAAACGGUUUCGAGGUGUUUCACUGAACCAUGAGUUCUUGCGCAUGGAUUAGUAUGCAUUGGUUUACCGUGUCGGUAGGCGCCACAACAGAUGUCAUCUUUGGUUGAGUGCGAAUGCGACGUGAUGUCGCACAGCUACUGGGCGGGCGGGCGCCGCAGGUGAUCCCUUCGCGGCUGCCCGACGGCCAACUGGUGUUCCUGCUGCCACAGCCACUACGUGCAGCUGCGGCGGCGGCGGCGCAGCACCACCAGCUGGAGGGCGGCGGCGCGGCCGCGGCGGCGGCGGCUGCGGCCGGCGCGGCGGGCGUCGCCCUCGCCCGCCGCCUCAGGGCUCUGGACGCCACGCCCACGCCCCGCCCCGCCCGCGCCGCCCGCGGGCUCGCCCCCGCGCCGCCCCCGCCGCCCCAGCCCCAGCCGCCCCGCAGCCCAUGGAGAGCAGCCAUCGACUUCACCGUCGCCCGCUGCAAGAGUGUGGAGGCGCCCGAGGCGAGGCAGACGGCGACAUCGACGAGGAGGCGGGCGUCUGGAGCGGCCGCCUGCCCCCCGCCUGUCCUUGCUUCACGACCGCCCUCCAUCGGCCGAUGUCGCUCGGCGGCUCGGGCACCUCGGCGUUCGCGGCCUCUGCGCUUCCCAAGGCGCAAUUGUGCGUUAUGCGCCUUCCGGUCGCUUUCGGGACGCCACGCGGACGGCCAGCGGCGCCAGCCGGCCCGUACACACAGGCGACGCGCGGAUCCCAAACGGCGCGACGCCGCGUUAUUGACGAGGCGUUAA